GGGUGCUCAGCACCGCGCAGCUCCGCGCCCUGCUGCACGACGAGCCGCGGCUGCAGCGCCUCGUCCGCCUCAGCAGGAAGUUCCAGAGUCUGCAGUUGGAGCGGGAGAUGUGUUUGGUUUCAAACUACACCAUGGCCAAGGAGAACCUGUCCCUGCGCCCACGGCUGGAGAACGGGAAAGCUUCCUUAGCCAUCAAGUACCAGGAGCUGCGGGAGAUUAAAGAAACAUGCUGGGACAAACAGCAACGAUUAGGGACCUACCUGGAAAAGUGGAGCCCACAGAGUGCCCUGGUCCAGCUGCAAGCCAACCUCAAUGCCUUUGAGGCAGAGUCAGAGGCACAGGUGGAGAAGUUCCUGUCCCAGGACCUCCCCCUUGACUCCUUUCUAGAGUCCUUCUGCCAGAGCCGGACACGGUCCCACAUCUGCCGGACACAGCUGGAGAAACUGCAGGAGCUGCUGCAGAAGGACAAGCUGGGCAGGGUUCCUGCAUGCCCUGCAAGGAUCUGGGUUCUCUCUUGGAUUAAGCUGUGAAGGGAGGAAAGGGAGUAGGCCAGGCAGUAGGGAGGAACAGUUGGUUGCAGGGACACUUAGCAGCCUUGGAGAGGACUGGCAGU